AUGGACAAUCCUGAAGAUCAAGGAGGUUCUGCUCCUCCCGCGAAGAAGCAGAAGACAAGCAUCUUUGGCUUCAGUCAGCUUCCAACAUCUGGAGCAGCCUUUCAAAGUCCGUUGUUCACACCGACUACCAAUAGCAAAAUAUUUGGAUCAGCAUGGACGGGUCUGCCACCUAAAACGAACACUGCUCCCGCAAACCCAUUCAUCUUACAAGAAUCAAUCACUAUUGAUAGCGAGGGCGAUCUUUACCUUGAGGUUAGAGAGUCACACAUCUUCCAGGUUGACUCGCGCAUGCUCUGUCGAUGUUCGCCAGUCUUCAAGGCUAUGCUUACUGGACCUUGGCUUGAGAGUCAACCUACUGAAGGAAAAUGGACGAUCAAGCUUCCGGAAGACAGCCCGCGCGGUCUCGAGGUUUUACUCAACAUAGUCCACGGACGUUUCGACAUGGUGCCAGCGAGUCUCGAAGGUGACUACCUUUUUGAUGUUUGCGUCGAAGCUGACAAGCGCGACAUGGUCAAGGUACUCCGUCCUUGGAGCAAAGUAUGGGGUAUGAAACUGGGUCUCGAUCCAUAUUCUAGGCUUCUGACUGAUCUCUUCACUUCGUGGGUCUUGGGAUGGGGCGACAUCUAUGCAAAGCUCAUCAUGCAUAUGGUUCGAAACUGUUACAUUCGUGGGCCGGGCUCGGUUCAGGUAAUACUAAGACUCACACCCGGCAGUAACCUACAAUUCUUUGACCUCAAUCAAACUCUCCAAGGCUAUGCCCACGCAAAGUCAACAGGUUUUAUGGAUCAGAUCCCCAUGCUUCGAGAAGCCUCCAUGAAUUCAUUUCUCCAGUUGCUUCAUCGAUUUUGGGUCAAGUUUGCUAAUGCAGCCCCCAUCGCGCGCUUUCCGCGAGAACGGGCUAUAAUCUUUGGAUGGUUUGCUUCUGGGCUUCACAAGAUGAAGAUCUAUGCCCUAUCCGAUUCAAUGACGACCACCAGACAAUGCACAUUGCAGCUGCUUUUCGACGAGACCAAAUCCAUCGCGCAGCGAAUUGAGACACCUCAUAAACCAUCUGCUCGCCUACACAAAAGCUGCUCUACGGCAGCCGCAGAGUUGAGAAAGGAUGUUGUGGAGCUCGAGAACCUCACCUACGUCCUGAAUGAGUCACAUCGAAAACAUUUCGAAGAGAGGGCCGAGCUGCUCGGCAAUGAGGGUACUGAGUGAAGUGAAGGUGCAUCGCAGUCGGAUGCUCGGAUUGAUCCAGCUUCUAUUCUGGUUCGAUUAGCUGUCGUUUCGUCUCAAUGACAAGGAUAGUGUAAUCCGAGAAGGCUGGAGGCAUAAUGUAGAAGGAAUACUAACGUGGGCAACGAACUAUUGAUGGAAUUUGCGAUGAGUAUUCAGGAAGCCGCCUGUGGCUGAGUAUGAUAGGGCAUCAGGGGCUACCUUCACCAGACGGGGUAAUCGAGACGAAAGGGUUCAUGCCAUGAGAUAUUACACACUGUGUAUUAUUGCGUUCCGGACUGCAAGCAAAUGCGAUUAUUUCCCCAAUACAACUACAAAAUUCCCAG